AUGUCUCUUCAUUCCUUCACCAAAAGCGAUCUCAUCACUUGCUUCAAAGCAGGAAACAAAUGGAUGAAUUGCGACACGGAAUCUGUUGAAAGCUUGGUAGAUAUGCUGCAACCCGGCAGCAUUCCAAAUUCUGGCUGCCAAACUCCCCAGUACGAUAAUAAAGACGAGAUCAAGCUAAGAAUCGAGUAUAUCAUCGGAAGACACAUACUCAAAGGCAGAAGUGAGAGUAAACCAUGGCGUGCGUAUCUCAAAAUCCUCAAAGUGAAAAAAGAUAGAAUGGAUAGCGUGGAAGAACCUCAACACUUAUUUUUCAAACGUCAAACUCGGUCGUCAACGGUAGAUCCUCAUCAUUCGCAAUCCUCCAUUAACUAG